AUGACAACGAACUAUUCACAGACUGUUUUAACAGAAACAACCAGAGAAGGACGCACUCACAACGCAGAAAAUCCAAAACGCCAUCGACUGUUAUUUCUCUUAAGACUCCUACACAUAGUGCUGCCAGCUUUUGCCGAGAGGCACGUACUGCUGGCGUCUGUGCCGCCGCACCGGCACGUGCCCGACGGCAAGGCCGGUGGCAUUGUGUGUAACAGCCUU